AUGCAGGAAAUCCUGAAGUCCAAGAUCCUUGAUUGGCACCCACGGAGUUCGAAUAUCAUGGAGAUUCCUGGAUGGAAAGACAAAAAUACAUUCGAUGACGGAUGGAAUAGUGAUGAUGAUGAUGGAGGACUAUUGGCAGCCAUACGUAACUGCAGCAUUGUGCAUGAAGAAGGUAGCAAAAAUAAGCCACCAGUUGCACCCAUUGUGAGGGACUCAUCAACUCAGAACAUCGAGAAUGCGGGUAGAACAUAUAUCAUUCAUGCUACCACUAGUCCAGUACCACCUAAUCAUUCGCCAUCACAAGUGAAUGUUAAUAGCGUUCAAGAGAAUGAUACAAAAAUGGAUAUACUACAGCAAAUAAUCGACUCUGGAAUCAUGGAUUGGAAUCCUCAGGUGUCGUGGACGGCAAAGGCCACAGCAUACAAUGGCAUGCCACAAAUAGUCAAUCAUGUAGAGGAACAGUCAACAGUGAUGAAGGGCAGCAAAGCAGAUGAUCAGGAAGGUUAUAAUAGAAGGAAUAAGCCACCUCGACCACGCGGACGGCCAGUCAAGAAAGUGAUCACACGGCGAAAAAAACACAAGACACAAAUGGUCAUGAAUACUGAUACGGUUAGACCCAUAAUACGUGCCACAAGUAACCCUUGUCAGCAAGAAUCUCCAGCAAGUGUAGUCAGAAUUUUAUCUGACAGGCGCAUCAAGCGUCCACAAGUCAUUGCAUCUAAGAUAAAUCAGAUGGACAAAGUGAUAUCAAGUGUUGCUGAAGCGCACGAUGAGGAUGAUGAUGAGAACAACGAGGAAAAUCAAUGGAGUCGAGCACCAUCUGAGACAUCACCCAAGAGAGCAACACCUGAUGAUAAAUAUAGACCACCGCCAUCACAGCAAGCUGAGCUACGAUCACCAUCAAUCGAUGGACAAAAGACCAUAAUGGUUGCAUCGACGGAUGAGGAAAUAGCAUCUCGUGCAAUGGCCCGACCAAUUGUCUGGACGUCUGCAUGGCAUAACUGGAAAACACUCGCACCAAAUGAAUGGAUUGAUGCGACAGUAGCAAACUUUUAUUUGUCCAAUGUGUGGUAUGAGAUGCUGGGCAGGUCUUCCAUGAGAUACGUGGACUUUUAUGCAGCCAUGGUGGAUGAGAUGGUGGAUGAAGAACUGGAGCUCUUCAGGAGGAAUCAUUUCUUGCCUCAGGGAGGCAUAUGUCCUGUGGUCCCUGUCGGAUUGAUAGUCCAUCAUUCCGAUCACUUCUUUGCAGUCAUUUUCGACUAUCGUCGACGCACAGCGCAUGUCUUGGGUCGCCGUAUUUCCGACUCGGUAAUGGACAUCGAUGGAGUGGAUUUACACGACUGGAAUGAUUGGAGUGGGCCACAAUACUGGAGGAGAAUUGGAUCGCUUCAUGGCUGGAGUACAGGGGAUGUCAGCGAUGUGUCCGUGAUAAGCAAGGACUGGAUGCAAAAUGGCGUGGACUGUGGUCCUAUCGCUUGCUCCGUGCUUGAACAAUGCCUCACCUCAGGAUUAGAUGAGCAUGGCAACCUGCCAGGGUUUGAAGUCCAAUGCGGCCACAUACUGCGAAUCACAAUGUUGCAUAAGAUCGCCGGGCGCAUCAAACUCAGCUGCAGCGACUAUCUGAUUCUCCUGGACGGUCCACAAGAUUAUUGGAGAGAGGAUGAUGUGCCAGAUGAAGAUGUUAUUUCUGCGAUUCAAAAUGGGCGGCACCAGGCUGAGUGCCUCGAGCUCAUGCGUAAAUUGACUAUCUUGAGCGCCACUUGCUCGAUGUGUCAACGUCCCAUUCUACAUCAGGAUGAUGAAAGCCCCUUCCAAAACGAGGAUAACGGAGAUAUGAACCAAGUCGAUCAGGAUGUUGUAGAUGCUGAAUGGAGUGAAGGCGAGGAUACACUCGGCAUUUCGCUUCCUGCAGGCAGGAAGGUGCAUCUUGCAAAGUUGUUGAAAGCAAACAAACAACUAGCAGGAUCCCGGAACCGCAAUUCAAUAGUCCCUCGCUCUGUUGGAACACACCUCGAAUUGGAACCAGAGAUACUACCUGACAUGCAUGAUGCAGGCGACUCGCAACGCUCUAAAUCUGCCUUAGCAUCUCGGAGGCGAGUGAAAAACUUGAAUCUAGGAAGCAACAAACGAUUUCCACGUCCAAUUCCACCACUUCCCCUUGGUGCAUAUUCAGGUAGGAGGUGGCUCAAGGACGACCUCGCAUUCGACGAUUAUGAAGGUGGGCCUACAAUCGAGAUGUUGAUAAGACCCAGGGACGUAAAUAACACUAUGACAUUGUGUGCUGGGGAAAUCCAACUUUCUACUGCCUGGGUGUAUUGGGUCGACCAUGGAUAUCGCAUCACGCCUAGCUCAUUCCAUAUAUUCUAUCAAUGCGACCCCACGGCCACCAUGGACCACAUCAUGCCUAUUGGAACGACCAGCUCAUAUGAUGCUUCAAAUCAGAUUCCAGAUCGAGUGACGGGUGCAUACAGCCUUGCACGCCUCAGACCAUCUCCAGAAGCACAGCACGUGCAUAUUACAGAUGUGGAAAUACUCUCUGCUUCGGAACUCAUUGAUUCCGCGCAAUACGACCCCCCUCUGCAUGAAGAAUGUAGGUUCGGACACAAUGCUUUUGUCCGUGGCCACACCAGUCAUCGAUACGGUGAUGGUGCUGCAUUAUACGUCGACCUGGAAAGAGAUUCAAUCACAUUUUCAGAGGAUGAGAUAGAGACCUCGGUGGACAUAGACAGUAUCAUUUGGACGACAAAAAUGUUCCGAUGCAAGGGUUCUGUGGGGAUCUACAUCACUCCGCCAUUUCAAACAAAGCCUGGCAUAUUCAAGCACAAUCACACAUAUGUCGACAUUAUGAUACCGCAGUCGGAAGGGGACGCCAAUAGUCCUGGUGGAAGAACAGAAUGGCUGUCCAAAAGAUUUCCCAUGUCUGCCAUCCCUCAUGCCUCUAUUGGGCGCAUAUCCUCCGCUUCCUCGACGCUCAAUCUUUACGUUGCCUUCCCAAGAAUGAUUCAUCAACACCCGGUGAAUGGUCGUAGAAUCACCCUGAUGCCAAAGGAGGUCUUGGAUAUCUUUUGGGAUAGAGUGCUGCUGCCAUCCAUAGGAGACUGCACCGACGUCAGCUGGGCGCCUUACCUCAAGCACACUUUGGAGGAGGCAAGAUAUAAGGCGAGAGGUAGAGAUGGACGCAAAGGCGGAUGGGGUCCUCCAAAGACAAUACCACUCUCUGAUGAUGACUUUAGAGAUGUGCAGGACCGCAUGGAAGCUCGCAUACGUGAUGGAGGGGGAGAGCUGAGUAUGUAUGGAUCGUUGUUCUUUAUUCUGGAGGGAAAAGGAAUAAAGCUCCUGACAAAGGACGGACAGAGAGGCCGUUUCUCAGGACCAGAGGAGGCCCUGCGUCGAAAUCUGUCCGACCUCGACUGGCCAUAUAUGAUGGACCGGAGGCACGGGGAGCUUCUUCUGGAUGUAGGCAUCUCAUUCACGCCUCGCUCUCCAGAUGUUCCUGUCGUCGGGGUGUGGAGAUUAGAUGCGUUGGAGGCAUCGUUUGGCAGAAAUGCAACAGGAAAGGAUCAGCAGCAGACGCACAUAGCAUUCAGGAGCACCUAUAAUCUAUACUACGAGUCGAUCCGCACGAACAACAACCAGGCGAACUUUGCUUCCGACAGCGAUGCAUACAAGCUAUCUCCUUCAUACAUGGCUGAAUGCUUUGACAUCAUGAAGGGAAGACAUACUGGUGUUAGAGAUGAGUAUAGGGUCAGUGGUCACGCAGCAAGGAUCAUGUUGGACAAUAUAGAAAGCAAGGCUGUUCAAUAUCUGCAAUCAGAUCCAAUACUGUGGAUUCCAUCCACAAUCUGGUUCGAGCUCAUCAGGCGACGUGUACGGGAGAUUCAAAGGACCCAAAUAACCAUCGUAAAAAAGAACCCUCCCAAUCUUGGCAUCCUGACUGGUCUGCUAAACCACAUGCUUCGCUCGACUACAUCAACCCCUAUCAUCUAUGACUCCCAUGUCCGCGAAUCCCUCACCCUCCUUGAAUACAGGAAUGUGCUCGAGACAGCAGGGAUGUUUUUCUUGCAGGACUUCGAUAUAAACAGCGACACGUGCCUAGAGGAGGUGCAGCAAAUCGAUGAUGUUAAUGUUUUGGGACUUAUGGGAGUAACUGCAAAGGCGCAAAGGGAUAGAGCAGUGGCAAGGAUGGAUGCAUGGCGACGCAAUGAGUCAGAAUCAGAAGAAUAUCCUCUUGGUCGGACACCAACCUGGACCAGCCUCAAGACAGCCAUCUCACACUCUCCAGCGACAAUCAUGAGAGACUGGUCAUGGACAUCCAGGAUGUCCAACAUUCAACUCACUGUUGGACGUUUGGUCGUAAUGUUCACAAGGCAUCUGUGGCUCAUGCUGAUGGAAGAAGUCAUUAAAGGCACCAGACCCUACCCUAACUCACUUUAUGAUGCCAUGAAGUGCUGGACGAUAACAAGCAUCGACGAUACACUUGCUUCUGUCGCUUUUGAAGCCUGCAAUGCUGGUUUGCAUGACCAUACAGGCGUAACUCCAGGUCGCUUGGGUCCCCAGUCAAGAGCCUUUGUGCACAGAUGCUCGUUAUUCUUUCCUGACCCUGACGCUCCCCAUAAGCGCAAUGCUCAGUGGUGUGGACUGUGGGAAAGAGAUGGAUACAUCGCAGAAUUCCAUAGGACGAUGAAGACAUUGGAUGGGGAUCAGCAGGAAUCGCUAAAGCAAGGUUUACGGGACAUAUUUUCGGAACUUCACUGUCUACCUUCGAGUGGUGUGAGGGUGUGGAUCCAAAAGAAGGAUGCCAUAGUAUUCGUAACAAAUCCUGCAUUUUAUAGGAUCGACCGCAUUGGAAGGGGGGGCGAGAGUCAGAGGAGAGCUCCAAGAGCGCGUCGGACUAUGAAGGUGAUCAAGGGAAAGCGCAUAUUUGCGGCUGAUCUCAUGGACUCACAACCAUUCGACGCCGAUGGGAAUUUGAGAAGGAAGACAGAGAGGCAAAAGCGUCGGGAGAUUCACAAAAAGAUGACUAUGGAAAAGAGAAACAAAAGGGUACCCCCACCCCCACGUCCUCGCAAGUCCAGGCCAUUCCCAAUGAGUGAAUCAGCACAUGUGGUGACAGAUGAUGAAAUGGAUGUGGAUUAG